AUCCGCUGCCGUAUAGUCAGUCAGUCAGGCAGGCUUUUAUCGGUAGAACUAAUCAUAUCGGUGCGGUCAUUGAAACGGUUUCUAUUGUACGAUCAGCUGGUUUGAGGUUUUAACGUAUCAGUGCCUAAAUUUUGUAUUUCGUUACUAUAGUCAGAUCCAUUCUACUAGUAGGUAGUAGGUUCUUAUACUUCCAUAUAUGAGCAGAAAAUUCCGGAUGACAUACUUUCGUUAUCAAUUCUGGUCAACAGAUGAGGAACAAUCACAAUAGUAGUUCUGCUUCUGUUGAUGGUAGUGAACACUGCAGUGACCUUCCCAUAUAUAUAAAUUCAAAUGCAAAAUCGGACAUCGCCUUCAGUUCAGCCGUGCUCUCAAUAGCUUCGACUUGAAUGCUUUGUGUUUUUCAAUCCUGGAUGGUGUAGUGCGCUCAUUCUGCAACCGAAAAAAUCUCUCUACAAGUGUACCAAUUUGAUUAACUCCCAUAUGCAAUAAAAAUCUUAAUAACAUCGAUUGCUACUCUUGUGAAUAGGUACAUAUCUUAUCACACUGUGCGUUGCUGAUAUCGCAGUGAUUUUCAAUAAGAGCAUUUUAUUACUUGUACUUGUGAUCGUAACAAUCGAGACACGAUGCCAUCUGAACGCAGAUUAACACAGUUUCGGAACUGCCGUUUGCUUCGGAACCACCAAUUAGUACGGGAUGACCUUUGGGUACGAAAUGGUAAAAUCAUCGAUCCGGAGAAGAUCUUCUUCGAUGAAAAAAGACAAGCUCAUGUGCAGAUCGAUUGCAACGGUGCGAUCCUAGCACCUGGAUUCAUAGAUUUACAAAUCAAUGGCGGAUACGGUGUAGAUUUUUCCUACGACAUCGCAACAGUCGAACAGGGCGUCAGCAAAGUAUCCAAAGGCCUUCUGACGCAUGGCGUAACUUCAUUCUGCCCAACACUAGUCACGUCGCCACCCGAAACAUACCACACAGUACUACCGAAAAUUUCGAAAAAACCUGGAGGUCACCAUGGUGCCACGAUAUUGGGCUGCCAUGUGGAAGGCCCAUUCAUCAAUAGUAUCAAAAAGGGAGCCCAUCCACAGGAGUGUAUAAAAGAAUUUGAAAAUGGUUUCCAAACGCUGCUGGACGUGUAUGGUUCACUCGAUAACAUUUGCAUCGUUACGCUCGCUCCCGAGAAGGAAGGCGCCUCGGAUGUAAUUCGCCAAUUGAGCAAUCGUGGAAUUACUGUUUCGGUUGGUCAUUCAAUGGCUAAUCUGCGUGACGGCGAAGUGGCGGUACAACACGGAGCAAAGCUCAUUACGCACCUGUUCAACGCGAUGCUACCGUUUCACCAUCGUGACCCCGGACUGGUGGGUCUCCUGACUACCGAUAACAUUCCUUUGGAUACAUUGGUCUAUUUUGGCAUCAUCUCCGAUGGAGUUCACACCCACCCGGCGGCGCUUAGAAUCGCUUACAAAACUCAUCCAGAUGGACUCAUUUUGGUCACGGAUGCCAUUUCUGCGAUGGGAUUAACCGAGGGUAGACACCGCAUUGGGCAAAUGGAUAUCGAGGUUCGCGGAGGCCGAGCAUAUAUUGCCAAUACCGACACUCUGUGCGGUAGUAUUGCGCCAAUGGAUGAAUGUAUUCGAUUUUUCAAAAAAGCUUCUGAUUGCUCUAUCGUGUAUGCUUUAGAGGCCGCUUCGCUGCAUCCUGCCAAGUGCAUCGGUAUCGAGAAACAGAAGGGCGUUCUUGAGUACGGAGCCGAUGCCGAUUUUGUUGUCCUGGAUGACUCACUAAAUGUUUUGUCUACUUGGAUUGCCGGAGAUUGCGUUUAUGAGAACGUUGCCAAACCGACGUCACAACUCAACUCAAACUACCGUACGAAUAACAUUGUCUGAAUUUUUAUGCCCGCCGAUGUAGAGCAACGGUCGAAUAAUUUAUGUUAGUAAUAUGUGAAUCUAGUGU